AUGUACUUCAGGGCUGCAAACACCGCAUUGAGGAUACGCAACAAGCGUAACGUGUACAAUGUCAAGUCCAAGUUUCAAAAGAAGAUCAACAACAAAAAGUCCAAGAGGAACACGAUGAACAAGAACAAUGCUGCGAGCCCUUCGACCACCGCGCUGGCCUUUGCGCUGGCGUCCGGAUUGACCCCGUCGGUCGGGACCUUGUCGGCCUUGAGUGCCAAGUCUGAGCUAUCAGCUCGCGGUUUCAACGCUCUCCGUACCAACCGUCGUCGCAUUGCUCAUUCCAAAGCAUCAUCACUCGAGUCGGCGAUCUCAGCGUCGUCGUUCGAAUCUGCCUCGAACAACAACAACAACAACAACAACGCCCGCAACAACAAGAACACCAACGCCUCCGUCGACAUGGCCGACUCCACCUGCACCGGUUCUGGCUCUGGCUCGCUCUCCGAGUCCAGCGACGGCUGUGGCGACUCUGCCGACGCCUCCGUUAAUACCACAACCACUACUACUACUACCACCAACCGUCAUGUGAGCACCCAAACUACUGUUACCCAACGCACCGCCUCUACCACCGUUACCCCGACUGCCGAUUUUACCAACACCAACAACAUCAACAUCAGCAACACGACCACCAACCGCGUGCACUUGUCCGAGAACUUUUCGCUCGAAGUCCCUGUCGACACUGCGUCCAUUGCCUACAUGCAGCGUGUCGUCUCGUCGAACGAGGAAGCCGGUCUUGUUGUCACCUGGUUUGACCCCUUCCGCGACUACCGCCGGAUGCAGCUCUCCGAGUCCGCCCGACGCAUCCGCGACUGCCCCAACGCCGGUGGCUCGUCCGUCGAGUCUGAGGUCUUGUCCUUCGAAGUCAUCAACCGCUGCUUUGGCGCGACCCUGCACAAGACUGAGAUGGAGGUCCGAUACUUCCCCCACGGCGGGUCCAUCACCGAUUACACGUGCCGGAUGUUUGGCUCGCUCGUCGGUGUCUCCGUCACCCGCGCCAUGAACUUCAACCGCGCCUUCACCCUCGACGACGCCCACAAGCUCCUGAGCAAGAAGCUCAACGGUAUCGUCAACGCCAACCUGAACUCGCUCGAGAACUGGAGCAAGCAAAUUUUGCACGUGUGGUGCUCGUCCGAGGAGCACGUCCGAACCCUGGUCGAGGCCUACCCACUGCUCCCUGCCGCCACCCGUGCCAACACUGUUGUCGUCUUCACCAUUGCCAAGGCUGACUGGCUCUUUGUCAACCCCGACAACCGAAAGGCUCUCGCUCAGUUUGCCCGAUCCACUGCCGCCACUGUCGCUGCCUGCGCUCUCGGCAGCCCUGCCACCACUCGAACCCAAGUGCGUGCCCAACUGCGCACUACGGUUGUGCAGUUCCAGCAGUCUAUGUGCGGGCCCAUGCCUUCGAUCCGUGUAAUGUGA